GCACCGUGUGCCGCUGGCUUUACAGAUGCCUCUAUGUCGGCUGUACCGCUUUACGCGCAAUAAACUCGCAUAAUAUGCAACUUUCUUACGUAACACAGGCGUAACAGAAAACGCAGAACGUCUCUGAUUGGUUACGCGAUACACAUUACGCGGAAAAUAUCGGUCCAUUGGAUCGCAGCCUCAUUCUUCUCGAGUCGGGAUGUAUCCCGAAACUUAUUAAAAAAAAAGUGACAACCUUUAUGUCCACGACCGUACAUAUUUUUCGGGUUUUUCAUGUAUUGAGUCGGAGUUAACAGUCUAGUAAUACUGUAGAAGUCUGUAGAUUCCCCCCAAUUUCGUCGUGCAUGCGCGUAUAGCCUUAUCAAAUCACGAUACUGACGUUAUGCUCUGCUAUGCCUUUUAUUUGCAUUGUAUGCGUGGAAGCAUACGAAAGCAAAUAGGAGCGUACAGAACACACACUCAAUAUAUGUGUGUACAUGAGGCUGGCUGCAUAAAGAGAUAUCAGAAUUUCGUCAGAAAUAAGUAAUCGUAAAUAAUUGUUUAAAUUAUGCAAUGGAGUAUAAAUUAAACAACGCACUUUUGCGCUAUUUUAAGUACGUACAUACUCUUUAUGACGAAUGGUUGAUAAUUAACAGAACAAUCGAGACAUCACUCAAAAUUGUAGAUGAUCAGAACGAAAUACUUCGACUUAUCAGUGAUGAUGUAACUUACAAUGAUAUUGAGAUCGAUGAAGAACAACGACAAAGAUUGAUGUUUAAAAUCCUUAUAGUUCUUGACAAUGAACUUAAUAGUCUUUUUAGAAUUAUGUCGCAAUUCAACUAUACGAUUCAGGAUCUGAUGAAUCAUUAUGAUAAUGUAAUACAAUACAGAAGUAGGAUAUAUUUAGCAGAUAAAGAAAUGAUACCACUAAUCAUGGGAUCAUAUUGUCGACCAAGGCUUAGUUUACUCAUGGAAUGGACCACCAAGUCUCUUGAGUAUUUUAGGAAAUUGUAUUUUUGUAUCAAUAACGAGAUACAUAAUUAUAAUAAGGAAAAUAUUGCAGAUAAAGUACGUGCUGCUAUUAACCAGAUCAACAAUAGAACAUCUAUAAAGAACAUACUUGCAUAUACCCAAUAUAUGAUGAAGGAGGAGUUUCUUCAGCCAAAGCAUAAAAAUACAGGGGUCCAAAAAAUUAUAUCCAACAAUAUUAUAGAAUAAAGCACAGAAUAAAUUGACAAGAGAAAAAUCUU